CAGACGCUUUUAUCCAAAGCGACUUACAUUGCAUUCAAGUUACAGUUUUUACAUUUUAUCAGCUCUUGCUUUCCCUGGGAAACGAACCCAUGAUCUUGGCGUUGCUAGCGCCAUGCUCUACUAUUUGAGCUACAGGAAAGCUGUAUACUGUAUAUACUGUAUAUAUAAGAUAUUAUAAACAUUAAAAAUAUAAGUUAUUUUAAUUAACUUAUUAAUACUAAGGAUAGAUUUGUGAUAAAAUAAUUUAUGUUAAUGCAACAAACCCUGAAAAUGCACAGAAAAUCAUAAUAUACACAACAGCUCAGUUCUCUUCUCAGAACUUGGUUACAAAUUCCAACCACACCCCGCCAAAUGUCAAAGUUGGUUUUCUGUACUCAAUAGAUGCAUUGAAGAUAGUCAAUCGGAUGAGCAAAAAUGCAUAAAAAUCACUGUGCAUGUAUUACCACUAACACUUCAGGUGCAGAUAUGCAUGCACAAGUGUGCAUCUGGUCACAUAUGCUGAUAUGCAAACAUACCUGUAGUUCAGUACUGAGAAACACCAGUUUUUAUAGAUUAGAAAAAGUGUAAAUCACAAACGGUAAGAACUUAAUUAGCUAUUACUAACAAAAAUUUCCUUUGUAAAUACCAAGAAAUAAAAACAUGAUAACUCUGGUACUCUCCCUAAUUAAUGUGUACGCUGGUAUUUCCCUUUACAUUGGGAAUAGUAUUUAAAGAUUCACACAUACAGUGUAGAUUUUUUAUGUUCUGUUUUCAUGUACACGGCUACAGUUUGCACUUGAUGGUAUGUUUAUAACCACAAGAGAGAGAGAGAGAGAGAGAGAGAAAACAUAGCUUUCUCAGAGUAGGGGAAAUAUCUGCCAUCACGGAAGACUGACUAAAACAAAACAGAGAGAGGGGGGAAGUUCACAGUGCAAAUACAUAGAGAGCCAGCCAACCAUUCACCUUCACAUUCACAUGACAGAGAGAGAGACGUGCGGACGGAACUGAGCAGUAACUGAACAUUGAACUGGCUCUGUUAGAAUAGUUAUUUAGUUAUCAGGAACAGCGCAUGCUGACAUUGAGUUGUUAUGUGUGUUUUUGUGUGGAGUUGGACUGGAAUGAGGAUUUAACAUUGGAUACGAUGCUCAACUAACAUAAACAUGGAUUGGAUUUCAUGGAUUUAUUUUUUGGUUGCGUUAAUAAAUGUCCCAGUUACCACAGCAGGUGAGCCGCUGGAAUUAAAUAUGACGUUAGACAUAUGGGAGGGAAAUGUAACUGUGCUCUGGGAUCCCCCUGAAGGAGCCCACGUAUAUGCCCUUUAUCAAGUAAACACAGCACUAUAUUCACAUCCUAAUGAAUGGAACAUUGUGUCAGAAUGCAACAUGACUACAGAAACUAGAUGUGAACUUGGGAGCUUUUUAAACAAACCGGAAAUGAAAAUAAAGAUUGGACUGUUUGAUGGAAAUUACAAAUUUUCCUGGUCAGCAGGAAGACGAAUUCGUUUAUAUGACAGCAAAUUGUUGGCUCCAGAGUUUGACCUGUCUUCCUCCCCUAAUACGGUGAAGGUUAAGAUUUACAGAAAGCAAUUUCUCAAUGAACUUUUUGAUUAUGGAUCAGUUUACUCUGCCAUUUUGUACCCAAAAGGACAGGAGCAUCAGGCUUUAACAGUAAUUGAUGAUGAUGAAGAUGGAGAGGUGGAGUUCACUUCAUUACCGAUAUGGCAGGUGUAUUGUGUCCAUGUGAAAGUGGAGAUGACAUCUAGUGAAGUGAGCAACACCUCAUUACCACGCUGCAUAUAUCCAUCAGCAGAUGCAUCCUUAGUGAUCUCCAUGGCUGUUAUUGGUGUAGUUGCAGUCAUGUCCUUCUUCAUAUUCGCAGUCUGUUUCUUCCUGAGGCGUCCUGGUAAAAUGCCCGCUGUUCUGAAAUCUGCUGUGAAUGGAUGGAACCCUAUGAAUGUAGGAUUGAUCCAAGUGGAAACAGUCACUGACAAGGGAUGGCUCCUGACUAGCAACAAAAUAACGGGAAAGAGUAAAGCAUUUGAUGAGAACAAGGACCUUUUGGAGGAGGACACAGAGAGAAGAGAGAGUACAGACAGUGGAGUGAGUGUCGGCCAGCAGCAUUCGAUUAAGAACCGAGGCACAGACGGACUUACUGGACAGGAAGACAGCGGCUGUGGCAGUCUGACAGGCACCGAGGACAGUCUCAGCAGUGGAAGAAGAAGCCUGGAAGAGCUCCCUUUUCUAGAUGGUGAAGUAAAUAUCAGCAAUGAAAGUGAAAGAAAAGAGGACAGUGGCUUGGGAAUGGGAAAUCAGGAUGCUUCCGUCAAUCUCAAGGCAACGGACAGUGACUUCCUGUCUGAGAUAGUAAUAGUUGGGGAUGGAUAUCGUAGUCAGAGUCCUUCAGCUGAUGCUGAAAGCGAGGCCACCAUCCCAUGUGACGUAGAUGCCAACUUUGCCAGCCCUAGCAGUGGCUAUCGGUCUGGUCAUGUGACGUGCUUGUGUUCUGACGUUGAGACUUGCAUGUGGUGCAAAACCAGGAAGCUUCUAACAGACAGAGAUUCAUUGUCUCAUAAGCAAACCAGUUGUACUUUCACAACCGAUAAUGACAAUGACAGACCAAACUAUUUGAAAAAAUCACCUUUACAGUCUGUGAAUGUAUCAGGAUUGGAAGAUUCGUCCUUCCAGUCAGACGAGAACUGCGGCGAGUCGUCACUUUUUAUCACCUGUCCACUACUUCUACAAGAACCUUGCCAGCUGGACACUUUGCCUCUUAAAUUAGGAGACGUAGAACUGACAAUCACGUGAGAUGUGAGACUUUUUCAUGAUUGUGAAAGCACUGAACAAAGCAUAUCUGCUUCUCCUCAUGCUGUGUGUCCAGCCAGCGUUUAUUUCUCGUUUAGAGCGGCAGCAGAGAUAUGCUAAAUAUGGCUGUGUCGCUGAUACUGGGCUGUCAGAAGUGGGGCUGCCCCUUUGUGACUUCCUGCAUGCACCGGGUCAUAAUUGUGCCCAUAUGCUGACUAUAGAGGAGACAUUCAAGCUUCUACUUGAGUGACCAAGAGUGAGUGGUAGUGCCAUGAAAAAGCUUUAAUAUCCAUGGAACCUUUCCACUGCACAAAAGGUUCUUCAUAGUGAACAACAACAACAAAAAAAGUUUUUUUGGAAGUAAAAAGAAAGUAAACCUGUACAUACACACUUUUGCAAUUUUACACAUACAUUGUACAUAUUUACAUUUUAUGUAUGUACUGACAUUUUUGAUUUGUUGAAAAUUGAGUUGUGUUGAAUGUGAUGAAAUGAUGGGGGAAAAAAGUGUUAAUCAUAAUAAAAAAUAUAUAUAUUUAUAAAAAAAGUGCAUUCCUAUACAGAACU